GGGGGGAACUGAGGUGCUGAAAUGUCACGCAAGGAAAGAAAUGUCUUUGUUGAGCAGUGAUGGGAUGCUCCUGCACGGUGCAUGUGCAGCUUUAACAGUCCGGACUGUCGCUUUAAGACAACGAUAGCUUUGUGUCUGAUUAAUUCAAUGUACGGCGACGCGUUAGUGGAGAAACCUUAUCAGACUCCAGCCGCACACAGAGGGAGACAGAGGAGAGGAGGAGCGCUGCGAGAGAAUUGGCUUCACUUACAAUAAAAAAAAAAACCCACUUGAAAUUAUUAUUAUAAUAAAAUCGUGGGUGUUUUUAAGAUGAAGACAUCUUGAGGAUGGGUUGCUCGGAGUAGAAGUCUGCAUUAUCGCGCACAAAAGGAGGGAUUUUUUUUCCACCAGCUGCUUGGAGUAAAAAUAUAUCACAGGAGGAGGACAGAAUAUGUCGUCGGAAAAACACGGUCUCGAUGACUCUGGCCGUCAGACCAUGCAGCCUCCUCCAUACCUCCCAGGCCCUCAAGACCCAAACAUGCCCCAACAUCCCACCAUGCAGCCUGCACCAGGCACCCAACCUAAUUACCCUCCUCCGCCUCCUCCUCCGGGCUCAGAGGGAUAUCUCCAAGAAACCCAGUUCCAGUGCGCCCCGCUGGGACCGCAGGGGGCCCCGCAGGGUUACACGGUCCAGACCCAGGCCCCUGGGGGCACCAUGCCUCAUCCACCUGUAGGAUACCUCCACCCAGGCUACCCGCUUCAGCUGCAGCCCUGCACGGCUUACGUACCCGUCUACCCCAUGGCGUCGGGUCAACCCUACAUGCCCGCAGCAGGAGGCCACCCAGGGAUCCCACCGGGCCAGAUUCAUCCCAUGCAAAUGCCACCCAGCAUCACCCUAAUGGACCGCCGACCGCCACACGACUACCUGCCCAUCGCUGUGCUCACCACCGUCUGCUGCUUCUGGCCAACAGGCAUCAUUGCGAUCAUCAAAGCAGUGCAGGUGCGCACGGCGAUAGCCAGAGGGGACAUGGUGACGGCGGAAAUAGCCUCCCGCGAGGCACGCAACUUCUCCUUCAUCAGCCUGGCUGUUGGCAUCGCCUCCAUUGUGUUGUGCACCAUCCUUACCGUGGUAGUCAUCAUCGCCUCGCAGCACCACGACGACGACUGGGAGCCAUAACUCCACGCAGUGUCAAGACAGAUGGGAAAUCAUGGCAUAUAUUAGCUAGCUAACCACUCUCAAUCGUUUUGGAGGAAAUAGGAGCGAUGAGAAUGCAAACUGCUACUGCAUUGCUGGACCUCUGUGUACAGCUACACACACACACACACACACACACACACACACCAUCAAACACACGACCAAAAAACACCAAUCACAGCUGAUGUUUAAACACCAAAUGCAAGCAGCUGUCAAAUGAGGCCCAGUAUUGCUGUUAGCACAGCAACUGCUUAAUAUUUACACUCAGAUAUGAGCUGCAAAAGGGAAACAAAGCUCCCUGUAUUAACAAUUCAUUUGACGCUGAUUAAUUUAUACAGAUGAUGUAGUUAGAUGAGAGGAUAGGUUACUGUGUGUUCCAGUUUUAAAUAUUCCAGCAACUAAAUUAAAUGGGCCCACGCAGAGUUACUUUUAGGAUAGUUAAAUGCACAUUUUAGUCGUAUAGGUACAAGUAUACGUGUUUUAUUCUUUAAAAACAAAAAAAGUGCCAUGUUGAAACGGUGUUGAUUUACAGAGUAGUAUUAUUGCUGACACAGUCCAAUAAGAGACUGUCAAACUGAUUGAAAGUGUUAGAGGGAGUGAUCAAUACACAUUUAACACACCAAAUGGAGACUGGACUGACAGAGUGUCUGAUGUAACCAAACAGUAUUUAUUUGAGAUUGGUUGUUCAUAUGCUAUGUGGACAUUUUAGCUGAAUGAGAUGGUACAUAACUUGAGAAUUACAUGUUUGUUGAUUUAUUUAAAAACCUGUUAUUUAUUAAGUUAUUCAAUAUCUACCCAUGCAUCGAUUUGUCUGUUAUAAUUUAAAGUAUAUCACUAGUUUGUUGCAGCUAUCUGACACUUUGAAAUUGGCUUAAAUUUGAUAUCUGAUGAUGACGCACUUUGUAGUAACCAGUCAAGCUGCUUACAUUAAUAGUUCUUAUAGUGCAUGAUAAAUAUAAAUUUUAAGCUCAUGGGCGUCUAGUGCAAUAAUAGCUUGUCUCCCGGCUGUCGGUGGGAAUAUUUCCUGACAUGUCUAUAAGUGUGUGGUACAGUAUUUUCCAAACAAAACAAGAAAAGGAGACAAUUUAGAUAAGUAUUUGAAUCUUAGGUUUGCAAAUAUUGUUUUUCGCAAGUAUUUUAGAAGUGUAUUGGCCUAUUUUGUGUUGCACAUCUCUUAACUAUUUAAUCUCUCAGACACUGUGUGUGAAACUUUAGUGCAACUUUAUGAGGCAACAUAACCCUGCAUGUCAUCCUCAAUUUGUUUCCAUUCGUCUCAGAUAUCGAGGCUAGACGUGCGGCUGUGAGCUCCUAUAAUGUUGUUUCACUGUUGUAACACAAUAAGUCGGGGUUCAACACAUAUGAGUAUGGUCUCCAUAAUGUAGCAGCAGGUGUGCUGUUGUUUGUAAGCGCCAACAUGGCCGUAUAGCGUUACUGUAUGAACUAUUAUGUGAGGUAUUAUGGGAGGAACUGGACAUGAAUGUUUUCCAAAAGGAGAGAGAGAGAGAAUAUUAAUGCCUAUACUGUAUUGUAGCACUUUCCGCUCUAUGAAGUCUUUCCUCUGGUCUCUUUCCUCUCUCUCUGUUUGUCUUUCUCCUGUCCACAUGAGUUAUUGGACCUAUUAAUAUUUCCCCUCUGCGCCCCCCUUUUUCCUCUGUUGGUUCCUAUGAUGAUGCUAUUUUUAAAAGAAAUAUACAGAGAAAAUUAAAUUAUUAAAUUAUGUUUGUUGACGAUGAACACAAAUAGAAGAAGUAUAAAUACAGUUUAUUCUGUAGUUUAUAUAUUAUUGUUCUUAUUAUUAAUAUUAUUACUGGUAUUGCAUUGCAUUUGAUUAUCACUAAUGUAUAGUCUUAAGUACAUCUGGGCAUGUAUUUAUCAAAUGUCUGAAGCUCCACUUAAUAGAGAGGCACAGUCCCCCAUGUGAACAAUUUAGGAGAUUAUUUUUCUAGUCAAGAACGUUGCAGUUUGUUGUAAAACUGUGUAGUUUAGCGUGAAACCGCACACAAAUCUGGUGGUAUCUUAUCGGAUGUGUUUUAUCCAGCAACAACUGGUCUUUUUGUCAGCCAGAAAGCAAAAGAACGACCAAAACCUGUUUCUCGUAGGAGUGCAUCCUGGCACGAAACACACAGGCCUCGUAGCUUU